AUGUCGAACUCCAGUAUCAAUGCCAACCUCACACACCCUCAUACACCGUCGUCGUCUUCAACAUUAUCACCGACGGUUCUCAAGGAAAUCCAAGAUGCAAACGUCCCCCUCUUCAUGACGGGCCUCCUCCUCCCCCACGCCCUUUGCACCAUCUUCAUCGCCUCCCGAAUAGCCUCCCGUCUCUGGGUAACUCGCAAAUGGUUCCUCGACGACACACUCAUCCUUAUCGCAUGGCUCUUCUCCACGGCCCUCUGCGUAGUCUACAGCAUCACCGCCACCACGCCCUCCCUCCUCGGCGCCCCUUCGCUAUCUUCAGCUGCCACAGCCGACACCGACGCAAACCCGUACAUCAUGCGGACCUACCUAGGCCUGAUCUACUACCAACUCGCCCUCUGCCUCACAAAACUCUCCAUCCUAGCCUUGUAUCUCCGCGUCUUCGCAUCCUCCUCCCGGCCCCGCGAACGCCUUCUCGCCCGCGCCGCCGUCGCCUUUGUCCUCCUCUACACCCUGCCCUUGCUUCUCAUGUCCUUUCUUCAAUGCAACCCCGUCCAAGGCCAAUUCUUCAGCCGCCCGGUGCCAGUAUGCUUCCGCUUCCCAGACCUCCUCAUCGCCAGCGCGAGUCUGCACUCCGCCACAGACGCCUGGCUCGUCGCCAUGGUCGUCCCCUCCGUCGCGCGUCUCGACCUCCCCCGUCGCCAAAAGAUUGCCCUCGCAGUCGUCAUGAGUCUCAGCGUUCUGGUGAUUGUAGCAAGUAUGGUCCGUCUGCAGCUCAGUCUGCACCUGCACUACCGGCCCACCGACGACGCCGGCGUCCGCAACACUCUCGGCUUCUUCGUCAUGACGGUAUUGGAAUGCGACCUUGCCGUCAUCUGCGCCAGCGCACCGACCCUCCGCCCCUUGUUGGCUCGCCUCUUCCCUUCCGUGAUGAUGAGCAGCGCAAAGCGGCGCUCACUUGAAGCCGGUGGUGCUGAGACGCAGAGCUUUGAUCUUACUAGCCUGACGUAUCACGGCUACCCCUGGACGGAACCCAGCACGCCCGCCGGGUUAGCAGCGCGGAGCCGGAACGCGAGUAUCGCGAGCCACUUGAAUAAGUUACGCAUGCCGGCGCCGCCGUUGCCGACGCUUACCAUGGCGCAGCUGGGCCCCGCGAAAUUGAGCCUGGGAAAUCUUUUGAUUACGGGUACGGCGCCGCGGAGGCCGGGGCGGAGUUGGCAUGUUGCGGAGGACGGGAAGCCGAUUCUGUUUGAGACGGCGGAGAGGAGGGGGGCGGGGGCGGCGGGGUAUAAGACGCAGGCUUCGUCGAUUUAUUCGCAGGAUAUGACGUGUAGUGGGGAUGAGUCGUGGCGGGAGGAGGAGGAGUUUGAGAAGAAGGGUGGGGUGAUUCUCAAGACUAUGAGGUUGAGCCUGAGAUCGGAGUAUGUUACGCAGAAUAAGACAGACGGAGGAGACAAGGAGACGGGAAGUGUUGACCGUUCGAGCCCGACGUCUGGAUUCAGUGGCGAUACUUGGGCCGUGGACAGGAGCAGCUCAGGGACGGCUGGGGGUGAUGGAGUCGGCGGGAGAACACGCAUAGGGAGAUUUAUGGAAGAGAUACCCCGGGAAGAAGCAGUUGAGACGCCAGAGGUUCCCAAGAGGAGCCCUUUGAGGGAUAGUCGACGAAGAUAA